AUGCGGCCGACGGCAUCUAUCCUGGGAAAUAUAUCCGUGGAAAAGAUAGCUGAGGUUUGCAUGGAAAAUUACGACAAGUCCUUUGGAUCAAUUGCAAAAGCAGGCGAUAUCCUCGUCGCAGGAUUCAAUUUCGGCUGUGGAUCGAGUAGAGAACAAGCUUCAACGGCCAUCAAGGCGAAGAAAAUACCUCUUGUUGUUUAUCAACAACGCUUUGAUGGGCGUGGAAGUCCCUCGUCUCGUUCAAAGAUUGAGGGAAACAUUUUCCUCGGCCGCAGUAGGGGCAAGACGGAUGUGAAGAAAGCCCAGGAGAAUAGACAAAGCUUGGAUAGCCCACCCCCAGCAACGCAAGCCAGCCCUCCAGAGGAGGAGGUCAUGGCACGGCGAACUGGCUGGAAACCCGUGUGGGAUUUGAGGAGGAGUAAAAUAUCCGUGACCGAAGGCGAGGGCGGACCAACCUGGAGUCAGAAGGUCGAUGUUACUAGCGCUCUCAUCAAUACAGCUAUCAUUGGCAGCUACACAAAACUCAAUACCAUUAAGGUUGUAGGAGGUAUCCUUGCACCAGGCACCUUCAACGGAACAAAAGUCGAUAUUGCACCAUACCUCAACGGUAGUCAUGUUUCCACGAAUACGAGUGACAAUGUUAGGCGCUUUGUCAAUUUCCUCGAUGACGAUGGGGAUGUGACCACAUUACUCCUAAAAAAUAAUGCUACCGCCGACAUGAACUCCAAGCAAUACUUUCUCCUAACUCACUUGUAUAAGUUCUUUGGCGCUCUCCUAGAGUACCCAUGA